AGCAUCUGCGUCCUUAUCCGUCUUUUCGCACAUCCUCCUCCUCCACCCUCCGUCACCACACUAUAAAGGGACAACCACCUGUCACCAUUCUCACUCACGCUUGCUCAUGGAGAUGGAAGACCCACACACUAACCCGUCGCCUUCUUCUCUCAAAGACAGGCUCAAGUCCUCCCUCUGUCUCUCAUGUUGCUUCCGCACAAACCCUCGCCAGAACCUGGAAUCCGACGAGAAGUCCAUCAAACCUUCCUGCGUUUGGCUCAAGUCCAGAGCCCAGGACCUGCCGGAGAUCAAAGAGAAGUUGGUCUCCCAGUUCCGAGGCCGCCGCCACUCCUCGCAGUUCAGGUACGACCCUCUCAGCUACUCUCUCAAUUUUGACCAAGGCAUCGACGAGAACCACGUCGAUCAGAUUCAAUUCAGGAACUUUGCCGCCAGAUUGCCGCCGACGCCGCCGCGGACGGCGGAGCCUGUGAUGGUUGAUUCCAGAGAAGUGCGUGUAGUUAGUUAGUCUAGGGUUUGCAAAAGUGUGUUUUGGGAGUACACCGCCGUUGCGGCGGCGGCAGCGGCGAUGGCGAUGGGAUCAGUGGUUAGUGGGUUUUAGCGUCUCAUGAUUUUUGAUGUACGAAACUAUGUGCGGGCGUUCUCGGGGGAUUAUUUACUCCUACAGCACUGCAGUAGGAGUACGGUGCUCCACGUGGGUCAGUCGAAUUAUUAAUUUUCCCUUUCUGAAUUUACUGUUCUCAUAUCUUCCACAUUUCA